AUGAGGUUCAAGAAGCAUCCAGCGGACCUCAGUAGCAGCAUUGGCGUCUGCGCCUCCUGCCUCCGAGAACGGUUGUUCUCUGUUAUAGCAAUUGUUGACAGUAGCAACAAGAAGAAACGUGCCAGUGGAACAAUUUCUUCUCUUUUUUUUGGGGUCUAUUCAGACAAAUCGGGGAAAUCGGACUUAGAUUCGGGUGCUCAACGGAGGACCUGCCGGAAUCUCGAUCGAGGAAUGCCCCCUGUGAGAUAUUCCGACGAGGAGGAUGAGCAUAGCCAUGGUGGAUUAUUCGUUGGAGUCUUCUCAAGUGUGGAAGCGAACGCCUUGGAAGACACCGGUGAUGCGGCGUGGGGAAGGAAGGCAAGGGCAUAG